GGGAGGUGAACGACAACGCCCUGCUGGGGCUGCUGGAGCUGGAGGAGCCCGGCUCGCUCGGAGGCUGCGGCACAGAGGGACCCCUCUUACCGACGCUCUGCUUCUUCCCCCGGGAAGGGGAAGGCGCCGCCGGGAGGUCGUCCCUGCGGAGGAUCCGCAGCGUCAGCCUGGCCAGCAGCGGGUCCAUGUCCCCGCUCUGGGAGGGCAGCGGCUCCACCAGCAGUUUUGGGACCCUCCCGCGGAAGAGCAGGAGAUCCAGCGUCCGAAAGCAGCUCUUGAAAUUCAUUCCAGGCCUUCACCGGGCGGUGGAAGAGGAAGAAAGUCGGGUCUGA